AUGUGGCUUCUAGGCAAGAUCAAAGGCAGUAUGGAGAGCCUUCCCACUGAGCUCGGUGCAAGCCUUGGAACCCAUCCUGGAGUUUCAGCUAAGGCCAGCUUCUCCAGCAAGUUGCCCAUCAACGUUCUAACACCAGACAAAAUUCCAGACUUCUUCAUUCCCCCCAGACUGACCAGGAACGUGGCUUCAGAUGCAGACUGCACUUUGGAGAAAUGGAUACCUCGGUCUCUUGGAUCUCAAAUCCACAUCAAGAAUUUGAUACAUAACAGCUUAGAUCCAGAUGGCAACACACCUAGCAGAGGGUACAUGGGUUUCAUGCCCAAUCACAGCGAGCAUGUCAUAAUGGUAGAGAAUGUGGAAAAGGGUCCAAAGAGCAACACAGGAGGCAAACCUGACAGGAGCGUAACAUCUUCAAAGCUGCUACUUCACCCCAGGGGGUACUGCGGGUUAAUAGGUCUAUACGAAAGCCCUAACACUCGCCGCAAAGAGUCUUUAUUUCACUCAGAGCUAACCAGCUACUCAGUGGAAAGCAGUCCAUACAGAUCCCCAUCUGGGCUGAAGCCAGUGUCCUACUGCAAGGGACUUUCGGAGCAGGGCAGCACGGAGAGCGAUACGCCCUCCUCUGCCGACUCCUCCCCCCGUGGCUCCCCCGUGAUGACCCGCUCGGCUUCCAGCUCAGUUUUCUUCAAGGUUCAGGGACAGGAGAGUCCUCUGGACCUGUCAACACACUCCACGUUGAUGCAGAACCUGAGAGCCGAUGAAGCUGUGCCUGCCUCAAGCUCCAGGGAGAGAGCCUUGCAUCCACCUUUCCUCAGCAGCUCCCUGCACCCACCGGUGCUGUUCCCGCUGGACCUGCUGCACUGUCAGGAGCGCUUGCAGAGGGAGCAUGUGUUGCCGCUGCUGGGCCGCGGUUGCGUUCGCCUGUCGGCCGAACUCGAUCCCGCCAACUGCACUCUGCGCGUUCGCGUGGUCUCGGUGGAGGACCUACACGAUCCUGCCCGUGACGGCCGGCUGGUCCACUGCUGUGUCAGCGUUUGCCUGACACCGGGCAAGCAUCAGCGGCAAACCAGCGCCACCAUCAGAAAUUGUCGAAACCCCAUCUUCAACGAGGACUUCUUCUUCACGCAGCUCACAGAGGACAGUCUUCAGAAACUGUACCUUCGCAUAAAGGUCCUGGACAAGGCUUCCGGUCUGAAACGGAAUGUCAUCCUGGGUGUCAUCUCCAAACCCCUCACACAACUGCUGCCGUUGUAA